UCACGUUAUGACUUCUCCUCGGCGAAAGCAAAGCCCAGCAAAGCAAGCAAAAUGUUAAAAUGUUGCAACGAAAAGUUAUUUAAUUGUGAAUUAUAAUUUUACUUUGGGUCGAUUUUCCUACCUUUUAUUUUAGGCAAGUGAAUUUUCGUAAUUUGUGUGCAUUUACUCGUAUCAUGGAAAAUAACACAGAUCAUUCAGACCAAAACAACUACAACUCGCUAUCAGUCCAAGACGUAGAUGUUGAUUUUUUGCCAAUUGUGUAUGAAAUUAUAAGAAGCGUUGAGCGAGAUUACCACGACAACUCUGCCAAGGCCCGCGAGUCGGCGGACUGCAGCCACAAGGUUCUCGAAUUGCAGAAAAAAUUAGACAUAGCACGUUCUCAGAUAAAGCGUCUCUCUGGUAUUGAUUACAACAAACAAGACCAGCUGAAGCAAUUUGAAAUCUUGCGCACCCAGCUGCGACUGAAACGAGAACUCCUACAGAAGUACCGGAACAUGUGCUCCUUUGAAACCUCAUUCAAGUGACAGUAACCAUGCCUCUACGUGCUUUGCUCAGGUAUUUGGCCAACAAUGAACACCUGGUGCAGAAGAUAGCAGAGUCUUACCCAGUGAGGCGGGCUGCUCAGUUGGCAGUCUCAGUAUUCUACAGAGGCAAGGAGAAACUGUCUGA